AGACAUUUAACAGUACCGGAAACUCAAAGCUGUCAAAUGGUAACCAACUGUCACUGGGGGUUAUUUGACCAAAUGCGCGUUCGUCUUGUUGGAGUUGCUGUUCGAAACUACAAAUUCCAGUGUGCUGUGGAGGACUUGAAAAGGAAAAAUAGGGGAUUCUGGCUUUCAUUUCUGUGGAGGAGACCUAACAUGUUAGGAAGAUUGUUUGGUAAGGUGCUGGGAUUCACAGGCUUUACAAUUCAGUAUGGCUGUAUUGCCCACUGUACCUUUGAAUACCUAGGAGAGAUUGUCAUGUGUUCCGGUCCUUCCAUGGAGCCUACAAUUAAGACCUAUGAUGUAAUUAUCUCUGAGAAACUCAGUCGACAGUUUUAUCGCAUUGAAAAAGGUGAUGUGGUAAUUGCUAAAAGUCCCAAUAAUCCCAAAAUGAAUAUUUGCAAACGAGUGAUUGGUCUAGAAGGAGACAAAGUGUGCACAAGUGGUCCACUAGAUGCCUUUAAGACCCAUAGAUAUGCUUUAAACAAGAUUUUACAAACACUCCACUGGAAGAUCAAGGAAAUUAAGGAAAACAGCUGA